AUGAAUUGAGAGAUUUGAUCUUUAGUUUACAAUACAUUUUUAUUUUGUGAUGGAAGAUAGUGGAAUUGACAGUGAUCCAAAAACCACUAGUCAUACAGAAGAUGAAAGACUUUUCUUGGGAAGCGAUAGCAGUUGUAGCAGCAAUCAGACACAGACAUCACAGCAUAAUUCUACUACUAAACAAUUGCAAAGAAAGCUUGAAGCACGAAUUGAACAAGCUAAACGUAUUCAGCGUAAUUCAGAUUAUGUGAAGUUGCCAAAAUAUGAUAAGGGAUGCGGAAGUGGUAGUAGUGCUGCUGGUCUGAUUUCUAUUCAAAGACUUCCUGUACCAAAUAAGAAUAAAGAACAUCUUCCUCUUGUUGAAUAUUGGCAUAGUGAUAGUGAAAGUGAAGAGGAACUGACUCUUUUUUCAACAAUUAAAUCGAAAGAUUCCUCCAAGCAUAAGCAAGAUCUAACUGAUACAUUUAGCAUUGAAGAAAUGAGUGAAGAAAGUGAAGAUUCUUUAAACUUAGGACCUGCACAAUCAUCUCCGGAGCUCAAAUUUAUGAAAUCUUAUAAAUGUACUGGUGAUUGCUUUCAUUGUCAGUGUCACAUAUUAUAAUUCAUUGUUAUGUAUAUAUAUUUUGAAUAUGUUAUAGAUUAAUUAUUUUUUUGCAUUAUUAAAUAUUAAUUUAAUCUCUCAAAGUUUUAUGUAAUUAUGUAAUAUGAAAGAUUUUAUAUAUAUCGAAUGAAAACUAAAUAUAUCAAAUAUAUAUAAGUUAGAUCUAUUAAAAUGUAUAAUUGUCUCAAUAUCUUCCAUAAAAUGAUAAAUAUUAAGAAUAAUGAAUGAAAGUUGUAUUUUACAUUCAAUUAUAAUGACGUUUGAUGAUUAAAUGAUGUUCAAAAAAUCAAA